AUGCCAAAUCUGUUUAGGCUACUUUGCGCAUGUACUGCCGGUCAGAGUAAGCAUUGCAUCGACUCCAAGAUGGCGAGAGCACGUCUGGCUUGCCUUCUGACUCUCCUCUCAACUCACUGCUACUUCAGCGUGUUGGCUGUUGUACUGAGGACAGACAAUAACUCGCCGUGGACGGAUGAGUUUGACAAAAUUGAAUUGUCGUGUUUGAUCGACUCGAUUUCCACGAACAACCCGAGGAUUGAGUGGAAAAAGAUUAAAGCGGAGGGACCAAGCUAUGUGUACUUUAACCGUAAAGUUUCAGGUGACUUGGAGAACCGGGCAGAGAUCAGAGAGCCUGCCACAUUAGUGAUAACCAAUGCAACUCGACUGGACACGGCAAAAUAUCGUUGUGAGGUCACAGCUGCCGAUGACCAGAAGUCCUUUGACGAGAUUGUGAUUGACCUUGUUGUUAGAGUAAAGCCAGUCGUUCCAAAAUGCAACGUCCCCAAAUCGGUGCCUUUUGGGAAGUCGGCAGAGCUGAGUUGUUUGGAGGAAGAGGGCUUCCCCAAGUCUCAGUACCAGUGGUUCAAGAACAGAGAAGAAAUUCCCGACGACCCAAAGAGCAGCAUGAAGUUCUUCAACUCCUCAUACACCCUCAACUCGGAAACUGGAAUUCUGAAGUUUAUCACAGUCAGAAAAGAAGAUGCCGGCGAGUACUACUGCCGAGCAAGAAACGACGCAGGUUACGCCGAGUGCGCGCCGCAGAAGAUGGAAGUCUAUGAUAUUGACGUCGUAGGGAUUAUACUGGGAGUUGCUGUGGUGGUCGUUGUACUUAUAUGUAUAUCAGCCGGGAUCUGCUGUGCAUAUAAGCGAGGUUAUUUCGCAAGUCAAAACCAGGCCGGGAACAAUUACAAGGUUCCAGCAAAAGGAGAUGGGGUAGACUAUGUCAGGACAGAGGAUGAGAGAGAGCCCGGACACCCUUCAGAGGAAACUCAUUUUGGCCACUUGUAUGCGGGAUCUUGUUCGUUUGGUCACGACCCACUGCUCGUGACCAUAGGCCCCAAGAUACUUGAGCUCCUCUUCUUGGGGCAGGAUCUCGUCCCCGACCCGUAG